UGCAUGCGAUCUGGAUUUUCUCUUCAUUCUCACCAAGGUACGUGAUGGCCACGUUCUGAUUUGAAUUCUCCUUUUUCUGAAUUCCAAUCUCACGCCAUUUUCAUCUUCGACUCAUCACUCAGUUCUCCAUCUCCAUCACCAAUUUCUCCCAAACAAACACCAUUCUCGCCAUUCUGAAUUCCGAUUCAUCAAAUUAACCUCUCCAUUUGCAUUUGAGAUAUUUGAUCCACGCACCAACGCCAAUCUCGAAUGUGUAAAUCCGAAAUUGUAAAAUCUUCAAACUCGAUGAUCGUUUUCCGUGGGAGAUAGAUCUUGGAGUUCGAAUAGAGCAGAAAUUAGGAUUUCGCAUUCGCUAGGAGAUAGAUCUCGGAGUUUGAAUAAGUAACGCUAUGUUUUCCCUCGCGAUUACAACAUCGGUGAUGGCGUCGUCGGGGCCAGAGUGGAAACUCGCGCGUUGGUGAAAGAACUCUCUACUCCGAUGGGCAACAACUGCGUGGGACCGAACGUCGGUAACGGCUUCCUCCAGUCCGUUUCGGCGGCGGUGUGGAAGACGCGCCCGCCGGAGUCCCGCCUUCCGCCUCCUUCCGCCGAGACCAAAACCUCGACUCCGGUACCGGACGCCCAGAAAGCCUCGGAACCCGCCCCUUCAAAACCAGCGGAUCCUCCGAGCCGAGUGCAGAACACGCCGCCCGAGCCGGUCAAAAUGCCCCAGCCGCUGGACCACGAGAAGCCGGCGUCGAGCCACACCGAGUCGAAUCCCGGCGACAAGGCUAAGAAACCCACGCACGUGAAACGGGUGUCCAGUAUGGGAUUACAAGUCGAGUCCGUGCUGGGUCGAAAAACAGAGAACAUGAAGGAGUUCUUCAGCUUGGGGAGGAAGCUGGGGCAGGGGCAAUUCGGGACGACGUUUCUGUGCGUGCAAAAGGGGACGAACAAGGACUUCGCGUGCAAGUCCAUCGCGAAGCGGAAGUUGACGACGCAAGAGGAUGUGGAGGAUGUGAGGAGGGAGAUUCAGAUCAUGCACCACUUGGCGGGGCACCCCAACGUGGUUCAGAUCGUUGGGGCAUACGAGGACGCCGUUGCGGUGCACCUCGUGAUGGAGCUCUGCGCUGGAGGAGAGCUCUUUGACAGGAUCAUACAGAGGGGGCAUUACACCGAGAAGAAGGCCGCAGAACUUGCUAGGUUGAUUGUUAGUGUGGUGGAGGCUUGUCACUCUCUUGGGGUCAUGCACAGGGAUUUGAAGCCCGAGAAUUUUUUGUUCAUGAAUCAGCAGGAAGAGUCUCCCCUUAAGACCAUUGAUUUUGGACUCUCCGUGUUCUUUAGACCAGGUGAAACAUUCACUGAUGUGGUUGGGAGCCCGUACUAUGUGGCCCCUGAAGUUUUGCGGAAGAACUAUGGUCCAGAAUGUGAUGUUUGGAGUGCUGGGGUGAUCAUCUAUAUUUUACUCAGUGGAGUUCCCCCAUUUUGGGAUGAAACGGAACAGGGAAUAUUUGAGCAAGUUUUGAAAGGAGAGCUUGACUUUGUUUCUGAACCCUGGCCAAGCAUAUCUGAAAGCGCAAAGGAUCUUGUUCGAAGGAUGCUUGUAAGGGACCCUAAAAAGCGGCUGACAGCACAUGAAGUUCUUUGCCAUCCAUGGGUGCAAGUCGGAGGCGUUGCUCCUGAUAAGCCACUUGACUCUGCUGUCUUGAGUCGUUUGAAGCAGUUCUCUGCAAUGAAUAAGCUAAAAAAAAUAGCCAUUCGAGUGAGUAUCCACUAUUUAUUUGAGAAUAGAAAUACAUUGCAGGUGCUCGAGAACUAGCUUAUUUUAUUAAUUUUCCAUAUAACGUUAUCAUUCACUAUAUAUAUUGCUAAUAAUAGUCUAGCUGAUUAAGCCUCGGGCAUUUGAAUAAUGUCGAUAAUAUUGAACAUUUUGCCAGUUGUAGAUAAUUGCUCCAUUCAAGCAGUUGUUUGACUUGCUGUAUUAUCCCU